GGGACUCCAUUUGUAGUUAUUUUUUUAAUCUAUAAAUGGCGAAGACGACAUUUAUCAAUAUAUAGUUCUAUUGAGGAGUUCCUUCAAAAUCAGAGUAAUCUCACUCCUAUAAGAUACUCAUUCAGAGAGAUAAAAAAGAUGACCCAAAACUUUAAAAACAAAUUAGGAGAAGGAGGUUAUGGUUCUGUUUUCCAAGGAAAGCUUCGUAGUGGUCGUAUUGUAGCAGUUAAGAUAUUGAGUAAAUCCAAGGGAAAUGGACAAGAUUUCAUCAAUGAAAUUGCUACAAUUGGAAGAAUUCACCAUGUUAAUGUAGUUCAUUUAAUUGGAUUUUGUGUCCAAUCCUCAAACCAUGCUCUUGUAUAUGAUUUCAUGCCUAACGGAUCUUUGGAAAAAUAUAUUUUCUCUAAAGAAGGAUUUAACACCUUAAGUUGCAAGAAUUUUUUUGAAAUUUCGCUUGGUGUGGCUCGUGGAAUUGAGUACAUGCACCAAGGAUGCUACAUGCAAAUUUUGCACUUUGAUAUUAAACCUCAUAACAUUCUUUUGGAUGAAAAUUUUAUUCCAAAAGUUUCUGAUUUUGGAUUAGCAAGAUUGUGUCCAUUGGAUAAUAAUAAUGUGUCCUUAACUGUAGCAAGAGGAACCUUAGGAUACAUAGCUCCAGAGCUAUUUUACAAAAAUAUUGGAGGAGUUUCUAAUAAAGCUGACGUGUAUAGUUUUGGAAUGUUAUUGAUGGAAAUGGCUAGUAGAAGAAAAAACUAUAAAUCAGUCGCAGGGAGUAAUAGCCAAAUUUACUUUGCUUCAUGGGUGCAUGAUCAACUAAGACAAGGAAAAAAUAUAAAAGUAGAAAUAACAGAUAUAGAUGAGGCAGAUUCGACAAUUACAAAGAAGAUGAUUAUAGUAGCAUUAUGGUGCAUACAACUAAAGCCGAGUGAUCGUCCUACAAUGAAUAAAGUCAUAGAAAUGCUUGAAGGAGAAGUUGAAUGUAUACAAAUGCCCCCCAAGCCUUCCCUGUAUCUAGAAGAGCCUGUUGAGCAUGUUCAGGAAACAUCAUAUUCAAUGUUCUCAACAAUACCAUCAUUCACACUAUAG